AUGUCGUCAAUCAUAUCCUUCCUAAGAGGCUUCUGGACACCUAACAAGGUCGAGCUUCUUAACAAGGCAAUGGGCGGUGAGGAACGCCUGAAGCAAGAUCGCGACAAGACUUACGAUUUGCUGGAAAACCUGCGCCGUCUCAACGAAGAACUCGCAUCCCUCCUCUGCGUGAAGGACAUCACCCUGAAAAAUACCUCGCUUCGACUUCUAUUCACGGAGGACUUGGCUGUCGCUAAAGACGAGACCACUCCCGCGGAUUCCUUCGUCAUCAUCAGCUACCGGCGGAGAGACAAAAAGGCUCGCGAGGUUAACCUUUGGCCCAUCACGAAAAAGAUUGUGGAAAGUAUCAAGGAAUUGAGGCUCGCCAAAUAG